CAGGACUCCGACCCUAGGAGACCCUUGUCACCACCCGCCGACCUCUCCUGCUCCACCCCGGCGGCACCCAGACCACCCUGUCCCCCACCCGUACUAUAGAUCGGAGCGGGUCUGCGGUUGGUGGGAGAGGCGAGUCACGUGGGGGAUUUGAAUGCCAUAAUUGGAAGUGUGGAUCACCCCAAGUUGCUGUAACUAUUCAUCACUACCUCUGGGGACAAGACGACCACAAAUCACCCGAUGAGUUCGUACUUUGUAAAUUCUCUGCUUACUAAAUACCAGCCCGGAGAAAGCCUCUCGAGUUCGAACGGGUUUGCGGGAGUGCCGUCCUGUAGCUACGGGGAGCUGGCGUCCACGGCGCGAGGGGGGUACCAUGCCGGGGCGUACGGCCCGUACCCUGCUACUAACUCCGGUCCUAGGGACUUCUACAACGGCGGGGCGGCUGGAGGCUACGGGAGUCCCAACGCACACUACCAGGAGAGUCCCCCCGUGUCCAGCUACUGCCGAGGCUCGGCGGAAUCGGCGUCGCCUCCCCAGUCUAUGAGCGCCAUGCACGGGGCAGCCUGCUCCUACCAGCAGGCAGAAGUUCGGAAAGAUAUGGCUGGAGUCGGCGGACACCCGGGCCACCCCGUACAGCAAGCCAACCCCGCUCUCAACACCGCUCAGAUGACGACCCCUAUCUAUCCAUGGAUGAGAAGCACAGCACCAGAACGGAAGCGUGGACGACAGACGUAUACCCGCUACCAGACCCUGGAGUUGGAGAAGGAAUUCCACUUUAACAAGUACCUGACACGGAGACGACGCAUCGAGAUCGCGCAUGCGCUGUGCUUGACGGAGCGACAGAUCAAGAUCUGGUUCCAGAACCGCCGGAUGAAGUGGAAGAAAGAAAAUAAACUGGAGAGUCUCAAACAACAACCGGCAGAGAGCGAAACAUCGUCGACAACGUCAUAAAAAAAAUCCACUGCUCAAAUACGGACGUUAUUAUUCUGUAUGUAAAUGUCUAUGUGCCGUGAGAGAAAAAAACAGGAAAAUAUUGUACUUCACGGACUAAUAUACCUCAGUGUUUACGUUCGUUUUGUUUUUCUUCGGGAAGUAUUAUUAUUUCCCUCUAGGUGGAAAUAUUAUCGAUGUACAAAUGUAGGGAUAUUAUAUGUUGCUUGUAUUGCCUGUCCUAGGUUUUGGGGGCGUUUGUGACAGAAAGAGGCUGAGUACGUUACGUGCAGUGACAUAAUCUGUCGACUCCCUGUAGAGGUAUAAAUAAUAUACUGGCAGACAGGGGGGCUUUUUUUGUAAUGCUAGCGGCCCGUACGUACCGUCAGGCUAGAUAACCUGAUUCUGAUUGUGAUAAAUGCUUCAACCAUUAAUCGUGCUUGGCGGUUGUCAAUCAGAAAUUUGCGGUGGCGCUACUGCUACUACUACUACCGUACGUGAAGAUUCGCCCUGCGUUUGACCCCUCCGCUGCUUAUUGCCCUGGUCUUAUUUCUGUCACGUCUAACGGCAGGGAUUUUGUGUUGACUGUGUAGUAGCUUGUCUAGUUAGGCAAUCUUCGCUUCCACCGCUUUCCUUUUUGUGCCCAGCGCAUUGAUUUCUUUCUUCGGACGAAGAGAGCCGGUCGCCCCCAUAUCCCAGAAAAAGUGACGUGCCAAAACCUUAGUCUAUAUAUCGACGCGCCUGAGAAAAAUAAGUCCCUCCUAUUUUUUACUUGCCUAGGGUAUUACGGAAACGAUAUUACAUGUAGAUAUGUUGUAAAAGCUAGACCUACACCUACAUAACAACAGAUUGAAUCUUUACGGCAAAACGGUUGGUUUAUGGUUGUUUAGUGACCCCUGGGUCUUGCCCUAGUCUCUCCCACAAUAUCGAGUGAAUUAUGUCGGAGUAACGUAGCCAUGUGUGUGACAUUGCGCUAGGUAUUAAGUUCUUGACUUCUCUGACCCAAACGGCCAACCUGUGUUUUAACUAGUUUGGCUAGCCGCAAUGAGAAGCCUCGCCUAAAUGAGACCAAGCCUCUGAUUGGUAGUGGAUAACCGAUAGCGUCUUUAACAUCCAAUCUAUAUUCCUCUAACUUCAAUUAACGCUGCACGUACAUUGCCAAUGUCCGCAGUAUUCACAAAGGAACAGGACUCUUUCUCAUGUUGGCGUAAACACUCUGUUGUAAUAUUUUUUUUUCAAUGGUUACAGCACUACAACACUGUAACCACCUGUUUUACACCAUCCGUAUCUGUUGUACGGUUAAGCUGUAAACAAAGGAGAGAGGUGUACAUGCCAGGCGUCUUUACAUCCUUCAAGGCAAAUUAACAUGGAAAGAACAAGCCCAAAGGCAAGACGCUAAUGUCAGCUCUGCUGUAUUGGAAUGUCACCAAGGCUUUUCGCCGCAAAGAUCCUCAUCAAGAUUGUACUUAAGAGAUUUGUAUCUCAUAGCUUCUCCUUAAUUUCGCCUGGAGAAACAGCUUCGAAUGACUGGAAUGUCUCACGGACUUAAACUUUCCUGCCACACAUUUUGCACACUAAACUACAUACCCCUAGGAUGUAGAGAAAAUAAAUAAUAUAGACUUUUUUAAUCUUCGUGUUGCCAAAUAGAAGUAAAAUCUACUAUGUGCUUUAAUACAUUUUCGUUACUAUGAUAGGAAAGCAAUGACUGAUGUAAAUUUUUUUAUCAUUGUAAACAUAUCUGUUCCCAUAUUGUGGUCUUACAUAUCUGACUAGACUUCAUCGAAAACACUGUUACCCAGUAUUGUAGUCUUGUUUCAUCUUGCUGGAAUUUCCGAAGUGUAAAGUAAGAUGUGAAAAUUGAAGCAUAUAGUAUGGAGGGACUCUGAAUAAUGUCAUGAAUUCCCAGAUCCAGUGUCA